ACCACCGGGCGGCUUUUAUUUUGAAAGCUCUCUCCGCUUUUCUUUAUUUGCGUUUGUCUUGACGGUCUCCAACCGCAGUUAACGAGCGGCUCGUCCUCCCGUCGUCAGGAUACAGACACGGAGACGCACCAGCAGGAACCGGUUGGUUUGAGAAUGGAGCUGCUGCGUGACGUGUGGAGGCGGGAUUACCUGCUCCCUCCAGGUGUGACCUGGGGGGACAUGGAGCGGCUGGCGGACUCUGAGCGGCCGCGACCCCUGGACCUGGUCGUGGCGCUGCCGCUGGCGCUGGGCUUCGUGGCGCUGCGCUACGCGUUCGAGAGGUUUGUCGCUCCUUCCGUGGGCGCAUGUUUAGGGGUGAGGAACAGACUGCACAGGACAGCGGCCCCCUCCUCACAGCUGGAGUGGUUCUACACCCAGAGGAGCACGCAGCCGACACAGGGCGACAUCGCCGGCCUGGUGCCGCUGUGCGGCCGGACCCAGAAGCAGAUCGAGACCUGGUUCCGGCUCCGCAGGAACCAAGACCGGCCCUGUCGCUCCAAGAAGUUCGCCGAGGCCGCUUGGAGAUUCGUUUUCUACCUCACUGCCUUUUUAGCCGGACUGAGAAGCCUGAUUGAUAAGCCCUGGUUCUGGGACCUUAGAGAGUGUUGGAAGCAGUAUCCAGUGCAGCCCAUGCACCGCGCCCAUUACUGGUACUACAUGCUGGAGCUGGGCUUCUACGGCUCCCUGCUGCUGCGCAUCUCCGCGGACGUCAGGAGGAAGGACUUCAAGGAGCAGGUGCUGCACCACCUGGCCACCACCUCGCUGCUGGGCUUCUCCUACUGCGCCAACUACGUCCGCAUCGGCACCGUGGUCAUGCUGCUGCACGACUCCGCCGACGUCCUGCUAGAAUCGGCCAAGAUGUUUAACUACGGCACCGGCUGGAAGAAAACCUGCGAUGCGCUGUUUGUUGCGUUCGCUGCCGUUUUCCUUGUGACGCGACUGGUGAUUUUUCCCAGCAAAGUCAUCCACACCACCCUGGUGCUCUCCAUGGACUUCUUCCAGCCGUUCUUCGGCUACUACCUUUUCAACGCGCUGCUCAUGGUGCUGCAGGCGCUCCACGUGUUCUGGGCGGCGCUGAUCUUACGUAUGGUCUAUAAGUUUCUGAAGGGCGAGCUGCAAAAGGACGAGCGCAGCGACGACGAGAGCGAGACGGAACAGGAGGAGGACGAGGGUGCGAGUCCGGACGAUCACCGCUGGGAGAGACGCAAAGACGCGCUGAACUCUAAGCUCGCAGCGCUGAGCAACACGUGCGUGCUAAAUAACUUCAGCCACCACCGAAGCUCCGCAGCCGCCAGGACGCGCAAAGCCCAAUAAAGACGGUUUAUUUACACGGGCCUUGAUUUCGCUGUGCCAAUUUUAAAAUCACACUAAGGUUCAUAUGUGACGCAGUGAGUCAUUAUCCUCAAUACAACAAGGGACUCGUGGUGAUGGACAGGUAAGUAGUGGGGUGAGCGUUUACCUAAUAACCAGUGUCAAAUCAAAAUAGGACUGAUGCAUUCACAUCUGGAUUAUGGAGCCAUCCAAUGAGCUCUACCACCAGGCUGCACACACAAUCCCUGGUUUAGCUAUUAAGCCGCUGAGGCACAUUAGCUACACUAGGUAAUAAUGGCAUUUUAAAUAAUAUUAUGUAAUUGUUUUUCAUAUAUAUGGAUGAUAAACUGUUUUGUACGUAAAUUAGCCUUUGACAAUCAAAAAAUGAUGCUUCAUAACAAAAAUAUGAGGUCCAUUUAGAGCUAGAAGCGGUCAAGGUUGUAAAAUGCAGUAUAUUAAAGUAAAAUAAAGUCAUUUCACUAUUUCUA